AUGGGUCUGACUGUGUGUGUUUGAACAUAUCCGGGAGGAGGGGGCUGGGUUAAGGCUAUAAAUAGUGGACAAAUCCCAAAGAGAGGGAGACAGUAGAGUUGAAAAGAAGAGACGUUAGAGGAGGAAACAGAAAAUUGUCAGAAAGAGACUUGUUUGUGGGAAACUGUGUGACAUGUGAGGAGGCACCACAUAGAUUCUUCAAGGGAGACCUUAUCUUUAUUUUUGCUAAAUUAGAGAAUAAACUCUACCAAAAGAAUAGGGGGUAAAGAAGAGAAGAAGAAGAAGAAAUGAAGGACUUGGUGCAGUCAGUAGAACUAGGGGUCUCUCAGCGAAAAAGACUCAAAUUAUCUCAACCCAAAGUUUGGCUAAAGAAUGAACUUGUUCGUGUGGGACUUGCUGAAUCCCUUUGCACAUAUGUCAUGAUGGUGCUUGGCCUGGGGUCUGUGGCCCAGGUAGUGACAGGACAGGGAGUGUUCGGAGAGUACCUCAGCAUCAACCUGGGUUUUGGCCUGGGUGUUGCUAUGGGGGUUCACGUUGGAGGGAAGGUCUCAGGGGCUCAUAUGAAUGCAGCAGUGUCAUUCACAAUGUGCACGUUUGGCCGCCUGGGGUGGAAGAUGCUGCCUCUCUAUGUUUUUGCGCAGCUAUUGGGGUCAUUUCUGGCGGCAGGGACAAUUUAUGCUGUCUAUUAUGAAGCCAUAUAUGACUAUUGUGGAGGAAACCUGACUGUAACAGGUGUAAAGGCCACAGCUGGUAUUUUUGCCACCUAUCCUGCGCCGUACCUCUCCUUGCUGGCUGGAUUCAUUGAUCAGGUGUUUGGCACAGCUAUGCUGCUGCUGUGCUUGAUGGCUCUGUCUGACCAGAAGAACAAACCGGCUGCAGCGGGCAGCGAGCCUGUCGCAGUGGGUCUCCUGGUGCUGCUCAUUGGCAUUUCUCUGGGAAGCAACAGCGGCUAUGCUAUCAACCCCACCAGAGACAUCGCACCCAGAGUCUUUACUGCCAUAGCAGGCUGGGGUGCUGACGUGUUCAGGUCUGGAAAUGGGUGGUGGUGGGUGCCUCUAGUUGCCCCCCCCAUUGGAGGAGUAUUGGGUGCGGGGCUAUACAGGGUCUUGGUGGAAAUGCACCACCCUUCCCUCUCUGAACAGGAUGGGGGGCUGGUGGAGGAAUUUGAGGAGGAGACUACCCCUCUGGAGAAACAGGGAAACAUCUGUGCUAAUAUAUGUGUCUGAGGCCCCCAACUAGCCUGUAAAGCUAUGUGGAUAUCUGUAUGCGGUUGAAACAUUCCAUGAUGACAUGGGUUAAAAAAUAGCCCAAAAACAAAUUGCUUAGAUGGACAGAAGGACUUUCACAAUAAGAGAGACUGGCUCAAAUAAGGUUUUAAAUAUCUCUCAAGCAAUUUUGAAAUUAGUCUGUUUAUUACUGUCAUCAUCAACCUUAGUUACUCAACUACAGUUUAUGUACUUGUCAGUGACUGCAAAACAUAAUUAAAAAAAUACCAACACGAUAAUUUAUAAAAUACAUAAGAUAUUUUAAACUGUGACGCUUACAUCUAGGGCUUAUUGGUCCUAUCCAUGCUAGUUAAACUAACUACAUAAGGGAAAAGAGGUUGAAAAAUAAGAGCCAUUUCUAUGCAUUGAAGAUGUCAUAGCUUAUAUUUCAUGUUUAUAUUAUUGAGGUAAUAACAGCUGAUGUACUUGGAAGACACCAUAAAUACCAUUCAUUAUAACAAUCAACAUGAGACCACUUACACGAGCUUGGAAACUACAGUGUAUGUAAAGAAAAGCAAACAGCCCCCAUUAAUUGCACUUUAAUAAACAUGCAUGUUUUGGAAAAUAAAAUAGAAACAGUAGGAGUUGGCUUUUCACAGCUUUGAAAGAGCAGCAGCACUACCAAAGAUAAUAUACACAUUCAUCUUUUCAACAAUCCAGUUCACAGCAGCCUAAAGCUAAAAAGUGUAAAUGUGUCUUGAUAAACUGUGUAGAAAUUCCAAAGUACUUCAAUCAAAAAGUUAACAUGUCUAUUAAAUCUGCUCAGCUGUAUACUUUUGGUAUCAAGAGCCCUAAAUGUAUAAAGCUAGCACAUUUUUAUCUGUGAAAUGCUGAAAUAUAACCUGAUCACCGUCAUCAGAACAGAUGUCAUUAGACAAAGAAUCAUAGGCCUAAACUCUAGCACAUUUUUACGUUUGUGAAGUUUACAGAGGGACAAUGCAUCAGUGAGGCACUGCAGCAAUGCAAUGACCAGUGAGUAACUUAGAUCACUGAAGCCUAGCUUGAUGGUUAUUUUCAGUCUUUGAUAAUGUAACAUGUUACAUUUCAAGGUUCAGAUUUGAUUGCACUCUGAAGUCAUGGAACGUUUGAAACUGAAGCUCUGGAGGUGUCAGAUACAGCUCUUUCCACUGAUGCUCAGUAUUGGCUCGAACAUUUUCAGUGUCACUCGUUUUCAAUUGUGAUCAAUUGCUUUCUGUGAUCAUUUGUUCAUCAUUGAGUUUCAAAGUGUCCAACUAAAACCGACAGUAUUAUUUUCAUUCUUCCAGUUUCCUUUCCACAUAAACGUGUUAUUUAGCCAUUUCCAGACUUCUUUUCAAAUGGUAUACAUUAUAUUAUUGUUGUAUGAUACAUUAGAAUUUUAAUAUUUACAACAGCAAAACAAGCCUAGUGAUAAUAACUACAAAUAAAAACUGUGUCCCUUAGGAUUAUUUGUCAUGCGGCAGAAGCACAUAAUCAUAUUUUAUGAAUUGGCUGCUUUUAGUUAUUUUUACCACUAAGUGUCACUAGUUAACACUGUUAUAUGAGGCUUUGAAUAAUUAAUCUAUUGGUGAUGCAGUUUGCUGGAAAGCGUCAGUGUUUCAGACAGCCUCAUUUCUCCACCACUAACACAUAGCAGUGAAAGGUAAACACAAAAAUGAUGAUUAGCAUAAUGUCUCUUGUGUUUUGAAAUAUAUGACAGGCCAAAAUAGUGUCAUUUUACAGGUUGGGGGAAAAAUUGCUCUUACUGCGUGAAACCUCUAACACAUAAACAAGGUUAAAAAAAGCACCUUUUUACAUGCCAUAUUGCCUCCAACAGCUGGUUACCACUUUAUCCCUGUGUUGAGCUGAGGGAAACAGUGGCUAUGUAUCUAUUUAGACAUGCAGCAUUUCAAACUUAGUUUCACACCAUAUGCUCUAAUGGAGCGUAGAGCUGCUAACACACCAAAUCCAGCCAAUGAUGGAAUUGCUAGCUGCUCUAAGCUUGGUUGUAUAGACAGUAAAGUUGGUUGAAAUGUUUCCUUGGGUGGAAACAUUCUCACCGCUUUCCCCCACUGUGUCUUCCUGUGCUGCCUUGGCUCUUUGCAGUGCUCCCUAAACUGCACUGUGUGGACUGCUUCUUCUUGGGGAUGGGUGUCUUGGCUUUGCCUUUGAAGGCCUUUGUAGGAUCCAGCUUGUUGAGAUGGGAAUCUCCAGCAGGAUCAGCCAAGCUGAGUUCACUGCUGAAAGUCAGUGGCUGGUACAGCGAUGCCCACUGCUAUAGAGGGAACAAUAGGAAGAUAGUUUACAAUGCUGUUUAUAGUUAUGUAUUCUAAAAAAACACACACA